AUGACAACUACAGUGCCUCGCGUCUUUGCAUUCCACGAAUUUGCGGGCGUUGCCGAGGCUGUCGCAGACCAUGUUGUACACGCACAGAAUCUCGCUCUCUCUAAGGAGCCGUAUGCGCUAAAAAAUACCGGCGGUAGCAAUAGCACGCCGGCUAACAGCAGCAGCCUCAACGUCCCUGGCAGCAAUGGCGCCGGUAACGCGCCUGUCUCCCGACAAUCCAGCUCGCGAAGCAUCGGACAUAGCCAUAGCGCUGCCGGAUCCGGGCUUCGCGGGCCCAGCAGUAGCAAGCUCAAAAAGAUCAAAGAGAAGCGCUUCAAAAUCGCACUCUCGGGAGGCUCGCUGAUCCAGGUGCUGCACGAGGGGCUUUUAAAGCGUCAGGACGUGCUCUGGGGAAAAUGGGAUAUCUACUUUGCGGAUGAAAGACUUGUGCCUUUUGAGUCAUCUGAAUCGAACUUUGGCAACACCAAACGGAAAAUCUUGGACCUCAUCGACACCUGCACUUACGGCACACCCCGUGUCUACCAUAUAAACGAAUCCCUCAUUAAUGACCCCCAAGAAUGCGCCGAUGACUACGAGAAAGAGCUUAUCAAGGGCUUUGCAGGCAGAGACUCCGUAAAACUACCGAUGUUUGACUUGUUCUUGCUGGGUUGCGCUCCCGACGGCCAUAUCGCCUCUCUCUUUCCGAACUUCUCGGAAAACUUGCGUGAAAAUCUCGCCUGGGUCGUCCCUGUGACAAAUGCUCCUAGUGGCCCCUCCAACAGGAUUUCUUUGACGAUCCCCGUGAUAUGUCAUUCUCACCAGGUAACGUUCGUGGUAGAAGGUGCGACCAAAGCUCCUGUCGUGAAAACCAUCAUGGAACGCCCCGAGAAAGGACUGCCUAGCAGUAUAGUUAACGAAGGCGCCGCUGGCCGCGUGGCAUGGUUUGUAGAUGAUGACGCUCUCACGGACGUUCAAGUAACCAAGAAAAAAUACAAAUUCUUGGUGAACACCGAUGCAUCUCAAAUAUCGCCAUCGCCUCCCGUACCCGAAUAG